AUGACCGCCGUCCAAUAUUCGAACGCACUACCUCCAGCCCUUUUCCGGCGGAAGAAGGAGCAGAAGCGCGGUGUAACAUAUAGCGUGCUGCUGGUCGGCCCCAGUGGAACUGGAAAGACCACGUUUGCCAAUAAUCUGUUAGAGUCCACGAUCUUCAGCCAUCGGUACCAGACAGAACAACCCCAGUACCAGAAUCCAAUGGUAAAAGUGGUGAACCCUACGAGAGUGGUGACGUUUAACUCGAAGAAUGGGAUUCCGUCGUACCAGGUUCCGUUUGAUCCGAUGGGGGCUCACUUGGAGCCCGGGAUCACGAUUACAGCGACGUCCGUAGAGGUGAGCACGGACAGUUCAUCAGAUGACCCUCGGGACAAGAUGUGCUUUAAUUUAAUUGAUACCCAUGGUAUUGGAGAAAACCUGGACAACGAAUUGUGCUUUGAUGAGGUGGUAGCAUACUUGGAACAGCAGUUUGAUUUGGUACUCGCAGAGGAGACACGUAUCAAAAGAAACCCUCGCUUCGAGGAUGGUCGUAUCCAUGCUGCCUUGUACUUCGUUGAACCUACCGGCCAUGGUCUACGGGAGCUUGAUAUCGAGAUGAUGAAAAGAUUAUCACGGUACACCAACGUGCUUCCCAUCAUUGCUCGCGCAGAUUCUUUUAUGGAAGAUGAACUUUCCAGCUUCAAGGCAGCAGUGAUGCGGGAUAUCGAGAACUAUAACGUUCCCGUAUAUAAGUUUGAGGUAGAUGAGGAUGAGGACGACCCCGAAACUUUACAGGAGGUGGGCGAUCUGGCGGCCAUACAACCGUUUGCUGUUGUAUGCUCGGACACGAAAGGUAAGGAUGGGAGAUACGUAAGAGCCUAUCCAUGGGGCGAUUUGUUCAUUGAUGACGAGACCGUUUCUGAUCUGCGAGUAUUGAAGAGUGUGUUAUUUGGUUCUUACCUACAAGAAUUCAAGGACACUACCCACAAUCUAUUGUAUGAAAACUACCGUGCCGAAAAGUUAUCAUCCAUCUCUGAAUGGGAUACGACCAAGACAUCUUCAAAGGGUACUUCAAUAGUAAAGACCGAGAAGAAUUCCUCUACUCCUUCUUUGAGCAACUUUGCGUCCAUUGUGAACACUGGAAACCUAAAAUCCCAGCAAUCUUUGACAAAGGUACCAAACUCGGAUGUACCUGCCCCUUCAACCCCAAGCAAUGAAAGUGACAGUCUCUUCAGAGAGACAGAAUCACCAAUCAGGAAGAUGUCAGUUAAUAUAAGGCGCGAUAAUGAAGAAAUAAUCAGAAACAUAAAAAGCUCACCAUCCACUGCCGAAAGCGGCUCUCAGGAUAGGACGAAGCUGAGAAACAUAUCGGAGACACUGCCAUAUGUGUUGAGACAUGAGCGUAUUAUUGCCAAACAACAAAAGCUGGAGGAAUUGGAGGCACAAUCAGCUAGGGAACUUCAAAAAAGAAUUCAAGAAUUGGAAAAAAAGGCUAUGGAACUAAAACUAAAAGAGAAGUUACUAAAACAACAGAAACGGAAUGGCUCUACGACGUCAAUAGGAUCAACUGUGACCGCAACGUCUGCUGCUUCCACCAACCUCACCAGUGGGAAGCCAACCAUUAUGCAAGAAGGAACACCAUCUACAGUGAAUCGUGCGCGUAACGGAUCCCUUGUCUCGCCAUCCACUCAGGUAUCUCCAUCUGCCGACUCUAGUCAAUUUGCUAGUGAUGGAUAUGCUUCCCGCGCAACAGGCCAGGUACAAUAG